CUGCCGCCGGGCCAGGCCAUGGGCUGGCGCUUGUGACAGGGUCCCUCGCCCGGCCCUCGGGUCGCCUCUGCCGCCAGCAGCGGGGCCGACAUGUGCCUAUGACCAUGGAGAUGAAGGACUCGGGCAGCGUGGUGCUGACAGCCUACCAUCCCCACAGCCCCGCCAGGAUCCCGGGCAUGGAGCAGAGCUUUGUGCAGGAUGUGCCCCCCGGCCACUCGCCCGGCAGCAGAAAGUCCUUCUCUCGUUGUCGAAGAAUUAACAGGAUGCUUUCCAACGAGUCAGUGCCUCCUGCCUUCAGUCGCUCCAAUUCUCAGGCCUCCAUGGACAGCACUUCCAUGGAGGACUUCUGGUGUGAGGUGGAGAGCAUCAAGGAGAGCAGAGAAGAUGGACCUGAAGAAGCAAUGCUCUUGGAGUUCAAACCUGCUGAUGAAGGGGAGCUGGAGGCGGAAUGGCUGCAAGACGUAGGUUUAUCCACAUUGAUCUCAGGAGCUGAAGAGGAGGAUGGCCAAGCCCUGCUGUCCACUCUGACCAGAACUCAAGCUGCUGCUGUACAGAAGAGGUACAACACCUACACUCAGACCCUGAGGAAGAAGAACAAGCACACAGUCCGGGAUGUGCGAGACAUCUUUGGCACCAGUGACUCUUCUCCCACAUUUGAGACAGUUCCAGUGUCACCAGUAUCUUCUAAUGGUAUCCAGCUUCCUGGGCAGAAGCCAGUUUGGAAAUCAGUUAGCUCUAAGAGCUGUCUAGACUGUGGAACAGAUAAAGGCAGCCCAUCCAUAACAGAAGAGCUCUCCUAUGAUGUUUCUUUCUCAGAAUCCAUUACAGUCCUUCCGAAAACCCAAGAGUGGCCAAAAAACCAGAGGUUCAAAAAGGAAGACUCGGCUUUGCCAAAAUUCAUUGUUCGGAAGAGCCGCUUUGGGCUGACGGAGGUCGGGGACCUGUCUCCUGAGGACAUGAAGAAGAUCCGCUACCUCUCCCUGAUCGAGCUCACGGCCUUCUACGACGCACUGGGUGUGGAGCUGAAGAGGAACCGCGUGGAGAGGGUGCGGGGACGAGAGAAUGGUCUUUUUGGAGUCCCUCUCACCGUGCUGCUGGAGAAUGACCAAAAGAAGGUUCCUGGAAUAAAAGUGCCCCUUAUCUUCCAAAAACUGCUGCUCAAGCUUGAGGAAACAGGUUUGGAAACUGAAGGAAUUCUACGGGUUCCUGGAUCUGCCUCCAGAGUCAAGAAUCUCCAUCAAGAACUUGAGGCAAAGUUUUAUGAAGACACUUUUGACUGGGACCAAGUACGAAAUAAUGAUGCAGCAGGACUGCUAAAAAUGUUUAUAAGAGAACUCCCCAGCCCACUCUUCACAGUAGAAUAUCUGCCUGCAUUCAUCACACUCGUGGAAAAAAUCUCCAAGAUCAAGUUACAGCUACAAGCUUUGCAUCUGUUGAUCAUGCUGAUGCCUGAAGCCAACAGAGACACAGCCAAGGCCUUUCUUCAGUUCCUGAAGAAGGUGGUUGCUAAUGAAGGGAAAAACAAGAUGAGCUUGUGGAACGUGUCUAUGAUUGUUGCACCAAACCUCUUCAUCUACAAAGGGAAACACGCAAACCAACAGGAAAUGCAAGCAGCCGCCACCACCGCGCACAUUGUGCGGCUUCUGAUCCGGUACCAGGACAUCCUGUGGACUGUCCCAUCCUUCCUGAUUUCCCAAGUGAGAAAAAUGAAUGAGGCAGCCAUGAACAACAGCAAGAGACAGCUGAUGUUUGACAAAGGAGUGAGAAAACUUUUGAGGAGAAAGACCAUGGAACGGGAGAGACCUGAAAGACCAGAGGGAGCUGUCACUUUCCCUCCAUACUUGCAGUCUGACAUACCCGAGGGGGUGAUAAGAGUUUAUGCUCCACUGCAUUCAAAAGUCUCUAUGGCAAUUCAACUCAACAGCCAAACAAAAGCCAAAGACAUCCUGGCUCGAUUCCACUGUGAAAACAGCCGUGGAUCAUCACAGAAUGUGAGAGGCCAGAUCCAAAGUUUACAUGAAAUUGGAGGAAAUAUAGGUCAGCACUGUUUGGAUCCAGAUGCGUUCAUGCUAGAUGUCUACCGUGCAAAUCCUCAGGCAGAAUGGGUGAUAAAACCAAAAGCCAGCUGAAGCAGAAGGCAGCAGUAUACUGGACAAAAGCCACAUGGACAAGAGUGAUGCCUGUCAUUUUAAGCAGCUCUUGCAGAGACAUAACAAAAUGGUAUCCACAGGACAUCAUUCCUUCCUACUGUACUGUCCAGCUGAUGGUCAGCACAUAGGACUUUUGGUAUUCCAGUUUCCAAACCAUUGGAAAAAUAUCACAUUAGUUAUGCUUCCAUAUGGAUUACACUUGUGCCAGUUGGCCCAGGAGGUGAGGAGGGCAGGCCAAGGUACGGUGUUCGUUUCCUGACCGGGUGUUAGAACAAUUUUUGGAAAUAACGCAGUGGCAUCAGAUGAAUGAAACACUACUGACCACAGCAUGACACAGGAGCAUGACAGACCUUGGAGCUGGGGAGGUGUCUGUCAGGCAUGGAAGGUGGGAGUUCAGCAUGCAGCAAUGCCAAGACAGCUGUGUGGAAACCAAACCUUUCUCCUGGAAGUGAACCCAUACAGUGUGUGUUACUGCGGUGCUUGUGUCUCCCAGUCACUCCUCGUGAGUACCUGAUGCUGGGAGAGGGAGGCAGGAGGAGGAACUACAGACAGCUGUACUGCUCAGUGUACAUACCACUGUGUAUCUCACUGCCAGUCUUCCAAAAUCAUCUGUCUGAAUCCCUCAGCUGUGUGCACUUGUAAUGGCCCAAACCACGCUCCCCUCCCUUCCCCUGUCACACAAGUUUCAGGAGAAAAAGGCUGUGUGAGGAGGAGCAUAUGCCCCUAGCUCUGCCUUUUACUUGAUACUCUCAGAAUUAAAUCUGUGUAAUGCCACACUAUGAGAUGUGUUAAUGGUGCCACUUACAGUCAUCACCUUUUUUUGUUAAACAUUAUCAUUUCCAAUUUGUAACCUAAUUUUAUUUUGUUUAUUUUAGCUUUAAUAUGUAAGCAAUUUUUAUACUCUUCAGCUGCAUCAACAAGAGAGAUCUUUGUUCAGGUCUUGUAUAAUACAGCAUGGAGAACAAACAGGGCUUCCAAUGAGAAAAGGGAUUUAAUAAUUUACACAUUAGGUCUUUAAAACUGUAGCCAGUCUAGGCCCAGUUGUGCUGGGGGUUUUACAAAUGCACAGCAAAUUGCAGCUGGCAUGCAGUCUAAGCAAACACACAGGCUGACAAGAGAAUAGUGGGCUGCCACUGAAUUGGGAAUGUCAGAUGGGCUGUCUUGUUUGGAGCUAGUCACAAGAACAAGCAGUGUUCAGUCAUCCCACUUAGGGCUGUGCCGAACUAAAGAGGUUUGUUGAGUAAGGAAAUCACAAAUCUCUGGAAAAGAGAAAGUAUAUUUUAUUUGUGUCAUAUGCAAAAAGCGGGAACCAAGUGGGAACCAAUGCCUUCAACUGCACUGCAAUGUCCCCAUCAUUGUUGCACAGUGAAACCACCCCCAGCCUGAGCAAUGAUUUUUGUUCCUGAUCUGGACACAGGGAUGAGGCAGAAGCUCUGUUUAUUACAUAGCAACUUAAAAGCACUCUGAACCAAGUCCUCCAGGUGAACUGGAGGUGAAUAAAGUCUGCUGUCCUGCAGAGAAAGCGUGUAACUUGUGAUGCUCUGCUGAAGCUGUGCAAUGAGUAUCUGAACCAGAAGCAGACCCUCUAAAAUGUGUCAAGUUUAUCGUGUUCUCCAGUAGUUAACUUUCAUUGCUAGUGGUCAGUGAAAGAAAUCAACAUUGAAUCAGUAACUUCACCACCAACAAUAAUGUCUACAGAGGGCAGAUCCUGUCUUCUUUCUUAUCUUCUUGAUAAAAUUGAUGAAAAAUUAGCAACAUUUUCUUUAGAACAGUGACUUUUUUAACUUUCUGGUUGUUUUGGCGCAUUUUUUUUUGUUUUUUUUUUUUUUUUUGUUUUG